AUGGCGGAGGCGCACUGUCAGAGCCUGGCCACACAGAGAUGCUAGAGGAGUGCGGUACUGCGCAGCCCAGCUCCCAUUUCUGCAGUCACCGCGUCUGUGAACCUGAAGAAACAAGAGACGGCGGCUUCCUCCGAGGGAUCUGUUCUUUGUAUCAGGUCCCUGCCCGCUCUCCAUCAGCCGCAGGCGCCCCCUUGUUUCUCGCAUCACUAGUGGCGGGCGGUGUGUGACGGGGGUCGGCUCACUCGGAGGAAGGGCCUGCUGAGGAGCCCUGUGUGAGGGGCUUCGUGAGGGGAGGUGGCUGUGGGGCCUCGCUUGCCCCCCGCGCUUGUGCUUUCCUUCGCACACUCCCCCAUUCUCAGCGACUGCCGCAGGACGGAGGGGGCGGAAGGCUGCUGUGUCGCUGCGAGGGCUGGAGGAGGACAGGAUGGCUCGGCCCAGGCCCCGGGACUACAAGGCUGGAGAACUGGUAUUCGCCAAAAUGAAGGGAUACCCGCACUGGCCGGCCCGGAUUGAUGAGCUGCCAGAAGGGGCUGUGAAACCACCUGCAAACAAAUUUCCAAUCUUCUUCUUUGGCACCCAUGAAACUGCAUUUUUGGGACCCAAAGAUCUGUUCCCUUACAAGGAAUUUAAAGACAAGUUUGGAAAGUCAAACAAGCGGAAAGGAUUCAAUGAAGGAUUGUGGGAAAUAGAAAACAACCCUGGAGUCAAAUUUACUGGAUACCAGAUGCAUCUGAAGGCAAUUCAACAGCAGAGCUCCUCGGAAACUGAAGGAGAUGGAGGAAAUGCUGCAGAUGGCAGCAGCGAAGAAGAAGGGGAUCAGGUGGAAGAGGAUGGAAAAGGCAAAAGGAAGAAUGAGAAAGCAGGCUCCAAGAGGAAGAAGUCAAACACUUCAAAGAAACCAUCCAAGCUUUCUCGGAAAUCUUCAGGAGACGAAGGAGAAAAGGACAGCAAAGAUGAAGAAAAUAAGAGUGGUUCAGAGGCUGGUGAUGCGGAUAAUGACACAAAAAAUGCAUCAGAUGUGCAGAAAAGCAGUUCCGGGAAUGUAUAUGCAAGAGUUGGGGGCCGUAAGAAAUGCACAGAUGCUAAAGAGAAAUUAUAAAUCUAGUGGCACACAGGCAAGAUUUGACUUAACUAAGUGCAGCAUACUGUGAGAAGAGGUCCAUAUUUCGCAGUUUAGUAGUCUUGGAUUUGAUAUGGCUCAACACAUUUAAUUGUUGCCACAAAGAAAUUUGUCAGUUUGUAUACAUAAGAUCACGUUCCUGUUUGUUGUGUUUGCUGGCAUCAGAAGUGUUUCUCCUCCAAGGGGCCUAAUUUCCAUUAGGGCUUGUUCACACGAACGUAUGUGUUCCGUGCAUUGGGCACCACAAUUUGUGGUCCCCAAUGCACGGAGAACGUUCGUGCAGGCUCCGGGAUGGAUCCAGACCCAUCCAACUUG